AGUAUAUUCUGACAAUGUCGCUUAGAAUGGAGGAGACACAACCGAGGCUCUUCUUGUAAUUUGUAGAAUAUAAUUUUAUAGGUUCGAUUGAGUUAUAUUGAGAAAAUAUUAUGUGAAGAAUGAGAGAUGUUGAAGGGGAGAAGAUCGUACAGAGGAUGAAGGAGUUUAGGAUAGUCAAUUGGAGAAGGUCUUCAUACUUUCAUCAGAAAAAGUCUCUGAAUCUAAUUUUUGUGCAAAUAAUAAGGGAAGAAUUGAAGCUUGGGGAAUUUACUUAUGAUGACAGAUAUAUAAAAGACUAGAAUGACAAGUAAAAAAUUUAUGUAAUAUACGUUUCGAAGAAAUUCUUAAAGAAAAAAAUUCUCUUUAUGUUAUUUAUACCGCUAUGUAUGUAUUUAAUUUAAUGAUCAUCAUGUCUUUACAUUAAAAAGACUUUUUAAACAAUACACGACGUUUGUUUGUCUUGUUGUUUAGAAAGUUUUUUCUAAUAUCAUUUAGAAUUAUAUUCGUUUUAUUACUUAUUAUAAAUUGUCUACUUUGUUUUUUUUUUAAUUAUUAUUGUCGACACCAUUCUCAGACUUAUUUUUAUUACGGUUGGGUACGACAUCUUAAGUGACGUUCUUGACAUUUGGCAAGUUGAGUAUUUAUUUUUAAAAUAAUUUUUAAUGUUAUUAUCUAGUUAAGUGUUGUUAAAUAAUUCACAAAUUAAAGUAAAUAAAAUGCGAAUAUAUUUGAAGAGAUUUCAAAGUUCUUUGGCUGCAGCUCGUUUUAAAGAUGAAAUGCAGAAAAAUUUCAUUCAAACGAACUUAUUCCAAAAAACUUUACUAACUAUUGGUUCGGCAUCAGUAGCACUUUUAAAUCCACAUAGAGGUGAUAUGAUAGCUUGCUUAGGAGAAGUGACUGGUACUACAGCAUUAGUUAAUAUGCGAAAUAAAAUGCUUGAAACGAAUGAAGGAGUCGAAAUUCUUAACACUCAGCCACGAAUAAACUCUAAGACUGUUUGUUUUAAAAGUCUUUCUGAAAUGCCCAAAAACACUCUCGGUAGGGUGUACUAUGAUUUUAUGAUUGACAAUAAAAUAACAGCAGAUUCAAGAUUACCAGUACAAUUUAUUGCCGAUCCUGAUUUGGCUUAUGUUAUGCAACGUUAUAGAGAAGUCCAUGACCUUGUUCAUUCAGUAUUAUUUAUGAAGACUACUAUGCUUGGGGAAGUAACUGUGAAGUGGGUAGAAGGAAUACAAACAAAAUUACCAAUGUGCAUCGGAGGUGGUAUCUGGGGUGCUGCUAGGUUAAAACCUAAGCAUAGACAAUUGUACCUUAAUCAUUAUUUACCUUGGGCUAUUAAAACUGGAAAAAAUGCCGCUUUUUUACAAGGUAUCUAUUUUGAAAAGAGAUGGGAUCAAGAUAUUGAUGAUUUUCAUAGAGAGAUGAAUAUAGUUAAACUUAAUGUUAAAUAAAGACAUAUUGUAUGUAUAGUGUUUGUUAAAUUAAUAAUUUAUUGGUGUUAAUAACUUAA